CGGGGCGGGCCCCGGAUGCAGUUGCUGCCCCGGCGGCGCGGCGCCCAGUUCCUGUGCGUGCCCUCGGCCUGCUGCUGCCGCCCGCCCGCCCGCCCGUCCGCCCUCCGCGACAUGUCGCUGGUGGCGGAGGCCUUCGUGACUCAGCUGGCCGCCGCAGAGCCUUGGCCUGAAAAUGCUGCGUUGUAUCAGCAACUGAAGGAGGAACAAAUUUUGCUUUCUGAUAAUGCAUCUUCCCUUGCUGUGCAGGCCUUUUUGCAAAUGUGCAAUCUGCCAAUCCGGGUGGUUUGCAGGGCAAAUGCCGAGUACAUGUCCCCAUCUGGCAAAGUACCCUUUAUUCACGUGGGAAAUCAAGUAGUAUCCGAACUUGGGCCCAUAGUCCAGUUUGUAAAAGCCAAGGGCCAUUCUCUCAGUGAUGGGUUGGAUGAAGUCCAAAAAGCCGAGAUGAAAGCUUAUAUGGAAUUAGUCAAUAAUAUGCUCUUGACAGCAGAGCUCUAUCUCCAGUGGUGUGAUGAUGUUACAGUAGAGGAGAUUACUCACCCGAGGUAUGGCUCCCCUUACCCAUGGCCUCUUAACCGCAUUUUGUCCUAUCAGAAGCAAUGGGAGGUAAGGCGAAAGAUGAAAGCCAUUGGAUGGGCUGGAAAGACGCUUGAACAGGUGCUUGAAGAUGUAGAUCAGUGUUGUCAGGCUCUCUCCCAGAGAUUAGGAACACAACCAUAUUUCUUCAAUAAGCAACCAACUGAAUUAGAUGCUCUGGUAUUUGGACAUCUGUUCACAAUCCUUACUACUCAACUAACCACUGAUGAACUCUCUGAAAAAGUGAAAAACUACAGUAAUCUCACAGCCUUUUGUCGGCGAAUAGAGCAGCAGUACUUUGAAGGUCAUGAUAAAGACAGCUCUACAACUGUUGCAGCCCGAUCUGCUAAGAGGUCCUUACUGAGAUAAGCGUGUUGUUUGGUGGUUGGGGUGGAUUGCGUUUCAGUUUUGGGUUUUGUUGUUCAAUGAAUUGAUUUUGAGGAUGGAGACGUGUGUUAGCUUUUUGAAGCUGCCAAAUCAUUCUAGAAAAAACUCUAAAUGCGGUUUCUGUGUUGUAGAAUAUACUGUGCACAUUUAACCUGAAAUGACUGUAUGGGCACUUCCAUUUUAAUAACCCGUAUACCACUCACUCUAAAGUGACCUUGGAAAAAUAUUGUAUCUGUAUUAAAAAAAAAUAAAAUACUUUAAAAAGUU